AUGGGAAAUUGUACAACUGAAAACUUAUAAUAAUAUGAGAAUGUAGAAUUUACAGAAGGUGAUACAUAUGAGGGAGAAAUGGAGAAUGGAUUUGCAGAGGGUUGGGGCAUAUACACUAGAAAGAAUGGAGAUUAAUAUAUUGGUUGGGUAAUAAUCAAUUAUUUUAAGGAAAGUGGCAUAAUGGAUUUUAACAUGGAAUUGGUAAGGAGAUAUUUGCAGAUAAAACUGAGUAUGAAGGAACAUUUGUAGAAGGAAAGAAACAUGGUAAAGGAAAAAUAACAUUUCCUAAUGGAUCAUCAUAUGAAGGACAUUUUUAGAAGGAUAGUUUUUCAGGAGAAGGAGUAUACAUAUAUCCAAAUGGAAUGAAGUUAAUUGGUACAAUAAUAUUAUAAUUAAGUUUGGUAAGUGGAUUAAUAAUCGAAAAGAAGGCAGUGCAUAGAUUGUAUUUGAGAAUGGAAAUAUAUUUGAAUGUGUAAAAAUAUCAUAAAUUAAAAGUAAUACAAAAAUGAUAUGAAAAAUGGUGAAGGUUUAUUCAAAUGGCCAGAUGGAUGUAGAUUUUAAAGUAAUUGGGUAGAUGGAUAAUUGUAAGGGGAAUCGAAAUUAAUAGAGAAUGGAAUCAUGACUAUAGGAGAAUGGUUAAACAAUAAAUGUGUGAAGUGGGAAUAAUUGAAUAAUUGA